GGAUUCAAGUUCUCUUCCCAUCUCCUCUCUUUCCUCCCACCAAAUCUAUUUUAACCCAUAUUCAGUCCAAAUCAGGUUUUAGCUACACCGCCAUGACACGCGCUUUUCAGUUCGGUCUCGCUGUCGAGGCCUUUCUCAAUAUUGUCGGAGCCGUUCCAUUUGUUCUAUACCCGGAAUGGUGCCUUUCAUUUGCUGUCGCUAAUCGUUCUGCUACCGGUGCCCCGGAUGUACCUCCAAGCUCCGCCGUAUUGUGGCAGAUCUACGGCGUCCUCGUUCUCUCGCUUACAGUUCCACUCGUCUUGUGUAUUCCGGACUCGAAUGCAGUGGCAGAUAAGCGCCGAAUCGUCUUCCAGACUCUUAUUGCCGGGGAAGUCUUAAUUGAAGCCAUCUUACUACGGCAUAUAUCUCAGCCGGAGAAGAGUGGCUUCACUCUGACUUCGCUUUUACUCAGUGCUUUCUUCUUGCUACCUGCUCUGUUCUGGCAUACCUUUGCAACAUAUGUCAAGCCCGAUUUGAUGAGCAGCGACCGUUUUCCUUCGGCCAAGCCAGCUAAGAAGACACGUUGAUCUAAUGACCCAAGCAGUACAAGUCUUCCAUACC